ACAGGCCACAUGGCUUGAUGGGAUAUGGAGUCCUUUAGUUCCUCUACUGAAGGUUGGCGCCUCUCUAACGUGAACUUAACUCUAAAGUUCACGGGUUGGCGAGAGGAGGGAAGAAGACAAGGCAGACAAGCGCAUGUUGGGAUCUGCAGUGCUUCAGCACUGGCUCAAAGGAGCUCCCGAUGGGGCAAAUCUCUUUGCGCAGGCGCGAUGGCCUUAUAAAUGGAAGCCUGUGUCCGGAAUCUCAUUGGCUGGUUCCAGGUACUCUAGUUGACUUGGAUCUUGCUACUCCCCCUCCGCGACUAGGAGGGCGGGGCGAGACUGAGGGAGGAGGGGGAAGGGAGAAAGGGGCGGGGCGUCUUGGGCGCGCGCAGUUGAAAGACCGUUACUCUGACGGUUGGUGUCGGUUCUUUUGGACUGCUCGGACCCUGCUCCGCCCUUCUGACACUUUCUGUUCACCAUGGCCGAGGCCCGAGCUUCGCCGCCGCCUCCUCCCCCUCCCCCGUCUUCUCCUUCGUCCCCCUUGGCCCACGCCGCCGCCUUCUCCUUGUCCCCGGAGCUCCCGGCGGUCUUGGCUGGGAGAAUUCGGAACCAGAGCCGGGGCCGGGGCCGAGCCGUGGAGCCGCCGACCGUGGACUCGCUGGAGGAGGUCGAGAUGCAGAUCGAUGAUGCAGCCUUUUCAUUAAUUAAACUUCUUGAGGCCACAUCUGCUGUUUCAGCCCAGGUGGAGGAGCUGGCAUUCAAAUGUACCGAAAAUGCACGAUUCCUUAAAACAUGGAGGGGUCUGCUAAAAGAAGGCUAUGAUUCCUUGAAACCUGAUAACCAAUGCAGCACAACCAACUAGAUGUUGAAAUAAUGACUGCUUUAGGAAAUUGGGGGCAGAUUUGCUACAUGUAUAAUGCUUGCACUUUUUCCCAUGUGAUAUUUGCACCUAUGGAUCUGUAAGACUAUUUCCAACAGUUAUGGAUAUUUACGACACUUUGCUUUGUAACUGAACAUUAAGACUUUACUUCCUUGUGUAUCUUUCCUGUUUUAAAAAGGAAAAUAUUUACUUAAUUUUGACUCUGGAUUGUAUUUGAUCUUUUUCCUGAGUCAGUUUGUGCCUACUAAACUUUCACAAGCUUAUUUUACUUUUAAAAGUAAAUUUUAUCUGUGAUUAAGAACCUCAGAAAUACAAUAACUCAGUUUUAGAAUGCUUUAAAAUUUACAAAUAGCUUUCCAAAUAACAGUCCUCGAACUAGGUAGUACAAGAGUUCUAUUUUAGUACUUCAGUAGACCUGUGAUCUCAUCAGUGAAGAUACUCCUUCCAACAGUAUAGAUCACAGCCCAUUCAUGCCUUCUCUUGUGUGGCUUUUAUUUAUGUGCCCUCAGCAAUUUGCCGUAAGGGAUCCAUUCAAUUUGCUGAAGGUCUUCCUUUCAGUCUUUUAAAAUUAUGCUGGUACCAGAACAGUACUCCAGGCUGUUCAUUUGUUCCUAACUUUUGCUAUUUGAUUGGCCCACCUUCUUUUCUCAUAAUGCUUCUCUAGGAUGGUACCUUCUGGGCUGCCACUUGCGUGCACAUCAUUGUUGGUGAUGUGUUAUACUACUGGUUUGUGCUUACCAUAAGUUUUACUUUUGCCACUUUGGGUCACCUAAAUUUUUAGAUAUUGUGAUGUUCUGUGAUUCAUAGCUAUAUUGUUUCAGUGGAAGAAUACUACUUUAAAAAGGGUUUUAGCUCAGGAAGCAGUUUGGAAAUUGUUGAAAGUACUGUUAUUUUUGAAAAGCAUUCCAGUCUUUAUUCUUGCUAUUCAAUCCUGGGUCCAGUUCAUUGUCCAUCUGAGAGUAUGUCUAAGAUACUAAUACCCGACUCAGUACCUGUUCACUUGUAUAUCAUAGGUAUAGGAUAAUGAUCAUUAGGUCAUUUUUCAUCUACUUAGUUUUUCCUGUCUUUAUUGUUGGGUCAAACUCUGCAUACUAUGUAAGUAUUCUCAUUUUCCUGAUGAAGAAACUGAGUCUCACUGAAAGUGGGAGAGCUAGAACUUGAAUUCCAGGACUUCUGGCUUCUAGUUCUAUAUAUUCUUUCUACAAAAUCACACUGUCUAGUAUUAGUUCUUCCCUGGUUCAACGCUGAAUUGUCAAUAGAGGUGUUAUUUUUUUCCUUCAUGUUUCUAGAAUGGAAAUAUUGGCCAGUGAAAGUAUUGGCCAUUUCCCCCUCCUUUGAAUGUACAAUCUAAAGCUUCCUUGAGUAGGAGAAAAAAUAUUUUCUUCAACACAGGUAUAGAUAUAUUCUUUACCUGAACCACUGCCUUACUUCAUUUAAAUAUAUAUAAACACAGUAGAUAUGUACUUUUAAAAGUAUGAAUGAUGAAAGUUUUUUUUUUUAAACUUUUUAUGAAACCUUAGAUUUCACUUGAAACAUUUUUAAAAGUUGCAAGGGACACAUGUAUAUCCCGAUGUUUCUCUACUUAGCUGCAUUUUUUACCUACAAUAACGGUUUCUUAUAUCUAAAACUUUUGUACAUUUGAUUAUUAUUUUUAAAGUGCCUUAUUGCUUGUAUGGUUCCAUGAUAUUGCUUUGUGGAUGUAUGUAAGUUAGUGUUUCCACAGUAAUUUGUAUGUAACUUAGUGUUUCUGUAACUCUUUUGAAAGCAGUGAGUUGUUUUAAUUGUUUUAGUGUUACUGAAUUUAAAAUUUGUUCUUAGCUACUUUUCAUAAAUUUUUUUAGGGGUCCAACUGUGAUAGACACAGUUUUUUUCCUGAAUCUUUUGUUGCUCCUUUGGUUAAUUUGCACUGUGUGUUGUUACCAAAGCCAUCUAAAUCUAACUGUCACAUAAAAUCUGUGAAAUCUUGUAUAAUGUUAAGAAUUUUGUAUAAAUAGGUGCUUAGAGAAUUAAGUCCUGAAACCCCAUAAUGGGAGAGAUAAAAGGGAGUAACAGUUGCCGUAUUUUAUCUGAAGAGGAUAAGUUUAGCAAAAGAGCUGGUGGACCAUUCUGUACUGUGUAACCUGUACCAAAAAGAUAGUUAUUUCAAUGAUAGAGGAAAUAUUUUUAAAAGAAAGUGAUAGAAACAAUUUUAUUUAUGUAAAAAUAAACUUUUUUCAUAAAGCA